AUGUCGUUUCUCUUCAUCCCUCGGCGAACUUAUUCGGCAGCUCUCACUGCGCCCUUCUCUUGUUCCAAUUCCCAGAUAUCCUAUUUCGCCCGUUGUGGCCAAAUCGAUAGAGCUCGUCAGGUUUUCGAACAGCUGCCGGAUAAAACAGUUGUCUCUUGGAAUGCAAUUGUGGCCGGUUAUGUUAAGAAUGGAAUGACUUGGGAAGCUAGGGAAGCGUUCGAUAAAAUGCCUGAGAGGAAUGUGGUUUCGUGGACUGCUAUGCUCAGGGGCUAUGUGCAGGAGGGUAUGAUUGGGGAGGCAGAACGUUUGUUUUCUCAAAUGCCUGUGAGGAAUGUUGUUUCUUGGACCGUUAUGAUUGGUGGGUUGAUUGAAGAUGGGCGUGUGGAUGAAGCUCUAAAGCUGUUUUAUGUGAUGCCCGUUAAGGAUGUCGUUGCGAGGACUAAUAUGAUUGGAGGGUUGUGUUCUGAAGGAAGGUUGAAGGAAGCAAGGGAGAUAUUCGAUGAGAUGCCUGAGAGAAAUGUCGUUGCUUGGACGACCAUGAUUAAUGGAUAUGUAAUCCAUGACAAGGUGGAUUUAGCUAGGAAGUUGUUCGAAGUAAUGCCUGAGAAAGAUGACGUGCCAUGGAGUUCAAUGAUCAAGGUCUAUGAGAGAAAAGGUUUUGAACUGGAAGCACUUAGUCUGUUUCGGUUGAUGCAACUACAAGGAAUUAGACCAAACUUCCCAUCAAUGAUCAGUACCCUCUCUGUUUGUGGUAGUCUGGCAACUCUAAAUCAUGGCAGAGAGGUGCACGCACAGCUGGUGAGAUCCCUAUUCGAUUGUGAUGUUUAUGUCUGCUCGGUUUUAAUCACGAUGUAUAUGAAGUGUGGAGAUCUUGUGAAUGGUAAACGGGUAUUUGAUCGGUUUACCUCCAAAGAUACUGUUAUGUGGAAUUCUAUCAUAACUGGUUAUGCACAACAUGGCCUAGGAAAGGAAGCAUUGCAGGUGUUUUAUGAUAUGGUAUCUUCAGGUGUACCUCCAGAUGAAGUCACCUUUAUUGGGGUUCUCUCAGCAUGUAGUUACACUGGAAGGGUAAAAGAAGGGCUUCAACUAUUCGAGUCGAUGAAAUCAAAGUAUCUGGUAAAUCCCAAAACUGAACAUUAUUCUUGUGUGGUUGAUCUGCUUGGUCGAGCAGGAAAACUGAACGAGGCAAUGAACUUAAUUCGAGACAUGUCGGUGGAAGCAGAUGCUUGUGUUUGGGGUGCUUUACUAGGUGCAUGUAGAAUCCACAACAGGCUCGAUAUGGCUGAAGUUGUUGCAAAGAAACUUUUACUGCUUGAGCCUGAAAAUACCGGGCAUUAUAUCUUACUCUCAAAUAUUUAUUCAUCUCAAGGUAGAUGGAGAGACGUUGCAGCAUUGAGAAGUAACAUGAGAGUACAGUCAUUGUCGAAAUCUCCUGGGUGCAGCUGGAUUGAAGUGGAGAAGAAAGUUCAUACGUUCACUGGAGGGGAUAUCACGUCUCAUCCCGAGCAUGCAGUUAUAUUGAGGAUGGUUGAGAAAUUAGAUGGGCUUAUAAUAGAAGUUGGAUACAGCCCCGAUGGUAGCUUUGUGUUGCAUGACGUUGAGGAAGAGGAGAAGGUUCACAACUUACGUCAUCACAGUGAAAAACUUGCUGUAGCAUAUGGAAUCUUGAAGGUGCCAAAAGGUAUGCCUAUCAGGAUCAUGAAAAACCUCCGGGUUUGUGGUGACUGCCACGCUGCCAUCAAGUUGAUAGCUAAAGUGACUGAGAGAGAGAUAGUGCUAAGAGAUGCUAAUAGGUUCCAUCAUUUUAAGGAUGGUUCAUGCUCUUGUGGGGACUACUGGUAA